AACAAACCCCUCCUCAAACCAGAGACCUCGACAGACCACAGACACUUUGUACCCUGGAUUGGUUGCUGCUUGAAUUAAAUCAACAAGUUCUGUCAUUUUUAAUUUUAAGCUGCUGUUUCCUGGUCAGUUGCUGGGCGAGCAGGAAUGUCUCACACCUCUCACACUGUACUGGAGCUGGAUGCCACUGCAGUCCUGGGCCUUACUGAAGGAAUCAACUUUAAGAAGAGUCCAGCUGGAAAGUGCUUCAUGAUCUACAAAGAUAAGAACACCCUGAGAGCAUGCAGGAACCAAUGCAAACACCAAGGAGGAAAAUUCAUAAAAGACAUUGAAGACAUUGAUGGGAGGACAGUGCACUGCACUAAUCACAACUGGAAACUUAAUGUCGCCACCAUGCAGUAUGUGAACCCACCAGACAGUUUCCUACAGGAAGAACUUAAGGUGGUAAAGUCUGAAGAUGGAGGGUUGAAGCUGGUGGAGCUGGUCCCUCCUGAACCCUGGACUGUAGAUUCCAGACCAGCACAAGAACUGCAACCGGGAGAGGUCACGCUGACCUACAUAACCCACGCAUGCAUGGAACUAAAGGCUGGAGACAAGAGGAUGAUGUUUGACCCAUGGCUGACAGGUCCUGCCUUCGCCAGGGGCUGGUGGCUUCUGCACGAGCCACCCUCAGACGCCAUGGACAGACUCAGACAAGCAGACCUCGUUUACAUCAGCCACACACACUCGGACCACCUAAGUUAUCCAUCCUUGAAGCUCCUUGCCCAGCAACGGCCAGACAUACCCAUAUACGUGGGAGACACUUCACGGCCAGUGUUCUGGUAUCUGGGUAGAAGCGGAGUGAACCUAACUAACAUCUCUGUGGUCCCCUUCGGAGUCUGGUACAAUGUUGACAAAAACCUGAGGUUUAUGAUUUUGAUGGAUGGAGUUCACCCAGAGAUAGACACCUGCUUAAUAGUUGAUUAUAAAGGACACCUAAUCCUGAACACAGUGGACUGCACACGUCCAAAUAAUGGCUGCCUUCCACAUGGUGUGGACGUGAUGAUGAGCGACUUUGCUGGAGGAGCGUCAGGAUUUCCCAUGACCUUUCACAAAGGCAAAUACACUGAGAGCUGGAAGCGCCACUUUAUCAGCAGAGAGAGGAAGGAACUUCUGCGCUAUACGGCCAACCUGGUGGCGACACUGCAGCCCAAAGUCUACUGCCCGUUUGCGGGCUACUUUACCGAGGCUCACCCAUCCGACAGGUACAUAAAAAACAUUAAUACUAAGAACAACCCAGCAGACCUGAAUGAAAAGAUCAAGAAUCUUUGUCCCCAUAUCACCACAUGGACACCUUUGCCUGGAUCUGUGCUUGACCUGGCCCUUGCUCUAACAAACCAAGAUGACAGAGACUGCAUUACCCAGCCACCGAGUGGCACAAAGAUCUUGAAGGACAGCUGGGACUUUGACUUGUAUGUGGACGAACUAAACGCUGCCAUCUCAUCCAAAAUCUUUGAACACAAAAGCUGGAUCCAGUUUUAUUACAACUGGGCAGGAUUCAAGAACUACAACCUGGUCAUUCGGGUCACUGAGACAGAUGACGAUUUCCAGCCGCGGGAUGAUGGCUAUGACUACCUGGUCGACUUUCUGGACCUUUCCUUCCCAUCUGUAAGGCCACAGAGAGAGCGCUUCUAUGUGGAGAUUCAAAACAGAAUUGGGGUGAUGAGGCACGUGGUUGUGAAUGGCUUGCUGUGGGACGACCUGUAUAUCGGCUUUAAUAACAGGAUCAGCCGUGAGCCAGACAUCUACCAUCACAAGUUCUGGAAUCAUUUCCAGUCUGAGUUGCCCCUAUCAGCACCUGACUGGGACUCCUUCCUGAAAAGUUGGGAAAAACCCAACCCUACCUCUACCCCUACCCCUAACCCUGCCUCUACCCCUACCCCUAACCCUGCCUCUACCCCUACCCCUAAGGAGCGUUAG